GGAGCUCUCUGCCGCACCGGACAACAUCUGCAUCGCUUCCAGCUGUGUGGAGACAGCGGUGCACAGGGGCACAGCGUCACCCCCGCCAGAGGGAGUGGCACAGCAGGAAGUCCCAGUUGGGUGUUGCAGAUGUGGAGCUGAAGGGUCUCAUCUCUGAGAGAGAGAGGAAGGUGGAGGAAAUACACAACUCCCUACGAGAGAUACAGGCUGCUUUGGAGACACAGACUCAUGGAACUGUGUGUGUGUUUUCCAAGCUGAUCUCCAGGUUGGAGCGCUGCCAAGCUGAAGUCUUGGAGGUGUUGGAGAGGAGCCGGUGGGCGGCUGAGCACAGAGCGGAGGUCCUGCUGACGGAGCUGCAGGAGGAGGUCUCUGAGCUGAGGAAGAGGAGGGAGGCCGUGAGCCAGCUGGCUCUGACUGAAGACUACGUACUCUUCCUCAGGAGCUUCCCUGCCCUGUCCAGCCUUCCCCCAGCGAAGGACUGGUCCUCUGUCUCUGUGGUGUCUGAGCUGACCUCGGGGGCGGUUCUCAGGACUGUAUAUCAAAUGAUGGAGCGCGUCCAGGAAGAGAUACAGCAACUGCCCAAAGUCUUCCAGCAAUCGUCGGAGCAUGCUGUACCAAAGACCAACCCAAAGACAAGAAAGGUUCAAGAAUAUGCAACAAACGUCCUUUUAGAUGCCAACACAGCCCACCCACGGCUCAUCAUCUCAGCUGACGGGAGGCAGGUUCAGUGUGGGGAGCGCCACCAGUCUCUGCCCGACUACCCCGAGCGCUUCGACCGGGUGGUGUGUGUGCUGGGCCGCCAGGGCCUCAGCUCAGGGCGCCACUACUGGGAGGUGGAGGUUGGAGGAAAGACUGACUGGGACCUGGGAGUGGCAAGUCACUCCGUCAAUCGGAAGGGCAAAAUCACUGUAAGCCCCGCCCACGGCUACUGGUUCCUGAGCUUGCGAGAUCGGACGGACUACGCCUUCCGAACAGAACCCUCCACCAACCUGACCGUGAACCCCAGACCCACGCGGGUGGGCGUCUUUGUGGACUGUGAUAAGGGGGUGGUGUCCUUCUUCAAUGUGGAGGCCAGAUUGCUCAUCUUUACAUUCACAGAUGUCUUUCCUGACACCAUCCAUGCCUUCUUCAGCCCCUGUACUAACAAAUCAGGGCGGAAUGAGGCUCCACUUAUCAUCUGCCCUGUUGCAAUGCCAGAAUGAAAUGUGAAAAGGACUUCUUCACUUCCACUCGCUUCAUGUAUGAUGGAAGAUACCUCUGCAAUAUAUUUGAUCAUCUGCAAUUUAAUGCUGUGUAGACUAAGUCAUGAGGCUAAAAGUUUACUUCAUUUAUUUAUGCCUGAGGUGUCACUCAUGUGGCGGUCCAUAUGUCAAUACUUUAAGACUGUUCUCACAUUGGUAAUUUCCAUUUUUGGUUAUAUCUAUUCAGACACACUGCAGCACAGAGACAUAGCUGAAACCAAGGUAAACAAAAUGUUUUUAGUCUGAGGGAAAACAUUAAAAAAAUAAAGACUACACCAAAAACAGUGUGAUGUACAGUAUGAGAGUCUUGGCUAAAUGUGUGGCUCUUUGCAAAAGUCCAAUCAUACCGGACCUAAAGGCUUACAUCUAGUUCAAAAUAUAUUUUUUAUGACGAUUGUGU